AUGGAGCGAACUGCGUCCGCUGCUGCCGCCGCCAAUUACGACGACGACGGCGAAGUCAUUUCUGCAGAUGUGACAAAGUCAACAUCGCCAACGGCUGGUCUGCCCGUCCAACCCCAGUCGCAAACCCAACUCCCGAAUAAUCCACAUCGACGUACGGUGUCUGGCGCCAGUCUACUUUCCAAGCUCCCCUUUAUGCGCUCCCUCUCAGACGGGAAGCCACAUCACGAAGCCGACCAAGACGCAGCGCACUCGGCGUCGGCAUCCAUGUCAACCAUUACUCAACAGAAGUCGAGAAGACGGAAAGGUUCCCUUAGGAAGGUUGCCCUUCUUGGAAGAGGUGCGCAGAGGGAGCGUAGGGAGGCGAAGCAGCUCACUAUCGACACAUCGCAUAGUGUCUCUCGUGGGGUGGAAAACACGGAGCAUCUAUCCCAAUCACCACCCACAGGUACGACUACCACAACUACAACGACACCCGGGCACGAUCUUCUUGGGCUCAACAUUUCGGACCUCACCCCACGUCCUUCCAUGGACGGCUACGCGAGCAGGUCGAGUCUGGCCGAGUCUUCCGCUUCCUCGACUAGCCCUCCUCAGCCAAACGAGACCGAGUCGAGCAUAACAAGUCCGACGAUAUCAUACACAUCUACUACGGACGAAGAUGACGUUCUACAUAUCCCAAACCAUAUACCGUCACCUCUACGGCCAGACCUGUCGCUGCCGUCGGGCGCCGAAUCCUACUUUGCGAGUCGGAGGCGUCGCUCCAUUUUACAAGCCAAAUCACCACUCUCGUACAGUGGUUUGUCAAGUACGCCGCUGCCGCCUGCUGAUGUGGAUUGGGACUACUCAGACACGGAAUGGUGGGGAUGGGUCGUCCUGAUGGUUACAUGGAUUGUCUUCGUGGUGGGAAUGGGCUCGGUUCUGGGCAUGUGGAGUUGGGCGUGGGAUGUCGGGACGACGCCGUACGCCCCUCCGGAGCUUGAAGAUGAUCCAACUCUGCCCAUUGUUGGCUACUAUCCAGCCCUCAUCAUCCUGACAUGUAUCAUGGCAUGGGUGUGGGUGGUUGUGGCCUGGGUCGGUAUGAAAUAUUUCAGACAUGCCAAGAUUAGCGGCGAUUAA